CCCCUGGUUUACAGGGCAACUUACCGCCCCUCUCCUAUCGCAAUCCCUGCACGUGUAAAACAACGUGGGGACCAAGAUUCUUGAAAUGACGACUGCUGCUCCGGUGAAAUCAUCACUGCUCAACUUGCUGCUCUCUUACAAUCAGGCGAUAACAACGAACAGAUAUUCGAACGAUCCACAUACAUCUCCAUGUCAUUGAAAUUGACGUCAACCGUAGCUCCGUGAAGAGUUCGCCUGCCAGAGGGCACGAUUGGGAUGAUACGCGGCAUUCCAAGUUCUCGCUGAUAUGUUUCUAUCCACGCCAGCCCUCGAUUAUGUACCGACGACAGCAUUCCCUGCAGUGACACUGUCUCAGGUUACUUCUCUACCAAGUCCCUACAAUAGUAUCUCAAUUCUGGGAGGUGAUUCGCAAUUACAACGAUGGAGCUCGCUCAUUGGAAUCGUCACAUCGAUCAUCGGCAACAUUUUGAUAUCCUUCGCACUCAACAUCCAACGAUAUGCGCAUAUCAGGCUCCACGAAGAGCGGAUGGCCCGAAAAGAGAGACUGAAGAAAAUCGCUAAAUCGAGCGGGGGAUAUGGGAGUACGAAUACAAAUGCAAAUGGGCAUACUGCUGAAGUGGAUGGGGAGAAUAGUGGCGAGGAGGACAACCUUCUCUCGGCGUCUUUCAACUCAGACUCAUCAGACUGCUCGCAUGAGAACCACUCGAAUUAUCUGAAGUCGCCGUAUUGGUGGGGAGGAAUCCUCUUGAUGACAGUGGGAGAGGCAGGGAACUUUUUGGCAUAUGGAUUCGCGCCAGCAUCCAUUGUGUCCCCGUUGGGUGUGGUGGCUCUGAUUUCAAAUUGCGUGAUUGCCCCCAUCAUGCUGAAGGAACGUUUUCGGUACCGGGAUUUCUGGGGAGUCGUGGUCGCUGUCGGUGGAGCGGUUACAGUUGUUCUGAGUGCGAAGACAGAGGAGAAGAAACUUGGCCCUCACGAGAUAUGGGGUGCCAUUACGACUACGGCCUUUGAAAUAUACCUUGGUGUGACCAUUGGCCUCAUCGCAGUGCUCGUGUGGGCAAGUCCAAGGUAUGGAAAUAAGACCAUCUUGAUCGACUUGGGGCUUGUAGGGCUUUUUGGUGGAUACACUGCUUUGUCCACCAAAGGUGUUGCAUCAAUGCUCUCAUCAACACUAUGGCGGGCUCUGACGACUCCCGUAACCUAUGCUCUUCUCGCUGUUCUUGUUUCAACAGCCGUAAUGCAAGUGAGAUAUGUUAACAAGGCACUUCAACGGUUUGAUUCAACUCAAGUCAUUCCUGUCCAGUUCGUUAUGUUUACUUUGUCGGUCAUCAUUGGCAGUGCGAUCUUAUACCGAGACUUUGAGAAGGCGACGACUGAGAACAUUUCAAAAUUUAUUGGCGGCUGUCUCCUGACUUUCUUUGGAGUCUUUCUCAUCACAAGUGGGAGAUCUAGGAAUGAUGAAGAUGAAGAGGAGGAGUCAGACGAUGAAGGAGAGGAAAGAAUUGUUCUUGCUGAUCAUGAGCAUGCCGGCGAAGAUAUAACAACGCCAGAAACAUCUCAAAGACGGGAUUCACUCCGAAAAGGAAGCGUAUUCCAAAACGGUGAUGGGGCCAGCGAUGAUCAGGGGAUAUCGUCACGGAGAGAUUCGCAUGUCUCCUUUGUGGAGCCACCAGGACGACCCCGAACACCACGGAUGUAUUCCAACUCAUCAUACAAACAUUCUCUCAGGGUCGCGCCAUCGGCUCCACGCGAAGAAACACCACUGCUCAGCAACCCAUGGAAACCUUCCGCCGACAAUCUUCUGCAACCUUCGAGCCACCCUGGACUACAAGCCACACUGUCCUCACCAAUACUGCCAUCAGAAGCACAACUCUCGGCAGAGACUGCGAAUACAUUAACGAGGACGACAUCGCAAGGUGAUCCACAUACCCAUCCGAACGAGCAGCAAUCCCCUGCUCCACCACAACCAGAUCGGCCAAUGACGCCUGCGAGGCAUUCAAUAUCAAGGAUGUUACCAGGGCCACUACUAUCGCCUCUGUCAGGUGGUUUGAGUGUGGUUGUCGCAGACUCAUUACGGCGUGGCAUGGAUCCCCGAAACAGAAGUUUUAGACGGCCACGGCUUGGGCUGAGAAGGACCAAGUCUGGGUCGCAAAGACUCAGCAAUCCAAACCUGACGGAUGACGAAUACCAGCUUGGAACCUCGCCACUCAAAUAUAGUGACCAGCAGGAAAAUAUCAGUGCGUCUCCUGCAUCAGGAGGAUCAAAUCGGAUGACGCGAGCGAGGAGUCUGAGCAAUACUUUAGGGGAUCUGUUCCGAGGGAAACGACAAAAGGUGGAUAGGCCAAACACGUCCGGCGAUGAAGAAGCUGGUCCGAGCGACUCAUGAUGUACAAUUUGGAUUAGCAGGCGUUUGGUAAAUGGGUCUGGUUGGAUGUGGGUCAUGCUGUAUCACAUAGACGAGGUAUGAUUGUACAGCUUUUAAUGGGUACGGUUGGGGCAUGAUCGUCUGUCGAUGCCAUAUUUCAAGAAGACUCGUUACUUUGAGUACACAGACUCUGCUUGUCUAUACUCUAGAUAUCUUUCGUCGAAUCUCCAUAUUCUCCCCUGUAAGCGCUACCUAUCAGGUCCUCAGCCCGCGCCAGAUAAUCUCACACUCCCUACAUCUCUCUCUGCUGCAGAGACUACAGAGUCCAUACUGCUCAGCCGACUUAGGCAUAUCACUUGAAAACCUGCACUUCAAGGAAGGUCAGGAUACUCAUUUUUACAUGUCCGUUUUCCGGAUUUCACACUUACGUAGCAGCAUUUCCAAUACCAGUAUACCGUGUUCGGAAACUUUGGAGGCUUUUCAACAUAACCAAGAGGGGUGACAGCCGACAUCGCCGAGCUUGAAGAUUCUUCUGCUCCACGGCCGAGCUAGUUUUUCCUUCGACUUCUUUUUCAGGCAGUUUGAAUGUUCUGUGAGCUGAAUGCACAUAACAGUGAAGUUGCUCGGAGGUACCAAUUUUAUGUUGGAUCGACUGUUGACUCACGUCUAGCAAAUACCGGGAAUAUCCUAAUGAUCAUGAUUCACG